AUGAAUGGUUAUUUAAUCGUAAAAUUUUUGGGAAUUGUGUUCUCGUUAUCAUUUGUAGAUUGUAGACUGGAAACAUUCCAAAACGACUGUGUAAAUUACUGUAACUCCUUACAUCCAAGAAAAGGCGCUCAAUAUCCUUCUGGUAAUCCAACUGAAAGUGCGAGAUACAGCAGUGAAGACGUAGCCUUGGCAGCCUGCAAACAAAGAUGUCGCAUGUCGGAGAUCAUAAGACCAAAAAGCGAAAUUGAAAUUUUCGGAAUUUAA